AUGGACGUUAUCCCGUCGACUACGCCCGAAGAGGCCGUGCGCAGAUCCGCAAAGAGGACUGCUGAACUUUUCGGCGCGGAUUAUCUUAUGGUCACACCCUCGACUGGAGAUGGAUCGAUUGGUGUUUCUUACAGACGGAAAGUGGAAUAUGAACAUGUGAAGGAACUCCCGCCAGCUCUAGCAGAGAAGCAAGCCAAAGCAGCGGCCGGGCGCACAAAACGUCCCAAAAUCCAAGCCCAGGCGAAGGCGCCUGUAGAUGGCAGCGGCGCCUCAAUGGCCCUAGUGAAGAAAGCUCAAGGUCCGGCUGCUGGUGGCCUUGGCAAUGAGGACCAACCCAAGAGCCUGAUCCAGCGACCCUCCGCGACGCGACAACAGAGACCCGACUGGCACGCGCCAUGGAAGCUGAUGAGAGUGAUCUCUGGACAUUUGGGAUGGGUGCGAAGUCUGGCGGUGGAGCCGAACAACGAGUGGUUUGCCAGUGGUGCUGGUGACCGGACGAUAAAAAUUUGGAAUCUGGCGACUGGUGCUCUCCGCCUGACUCUUACCGGUCACAUUUCUACCGUUCGCGGGCUGGCUGUGUCACCCCGGCAUCCUUAUCUUUUCUCGUGCGGAGAGGACAAAAUGGUGAAAUGUUGGGAUCUGGAGACUAACAAGGUUAUUCGUCAUUACCACGGUCACCUAAGUGGUGUAUAUACGCUUGCUCUACACCCUCGCCUUGACCUGCUGGUCACUGGUGGUCGAGACGGCGUUGCCCGAGUGUGGGAUAUGCGAACGAGGAGUAACGUUCACGUUUUGUCUGGCCAUAAAGGAACUGUUGCCGAUGUCAAGUGCCAGGAAGCUGAUCCACAAAUAAUUACUGGUUCCCUGGACGCCACCGUUCGUCUCUGGGAUCUUGCAGCCGGGAAGUCAAUGGGCGUUCUAACCCACCACAAGAAGGGCGUCCGAAACCUCGCUAUCCAUCCCCGGGAAUUCACAUUCGCUAGUGCCAGCACAGGAAGCAUUAAACAAUGGAAGUGUCCAGAGGGUGACUUCAUGCAAAACUUCGAGGGUCAUAAUGCUGUCAUUAACUCUCUCGCCGUGAACGAAGACAAUGUUCUCUUCUCCGGUGGCGACAACGGCUCCAUGUCUUUCUGGGACUGGAAGACCGGAUACCGUUUCCAGUCGAUCGAUACCAUGGCCCAACCCGGUUCGCUUGAUGCCGAGGCAGGCAUCAUGGCUGCCACGUUCGACCGGACUAGUCUACGUCUGAUCACUGGUGAGGCAGACAAGACCAUCAAGAUCUGGAAGCCAGAUGAUGAGGCUACACCUGAGUCGCACCCGGUGACUUGGGCACCCACUCUUGGCAGACAGAGAUAUUAG